CGAUCGCUUCGCGCGCACUGGUCCCGUGUUGUGCAGAGCAGCUGCUGGCACCAUGUCGCUGGAGGAGGACGGCAAGGAACUGCGCUCCUCGCCGGACGUGGCAGCAGCAGUGGAGCCAGCAGUGGAGCUGGCAGUGGAGUCUGCAGAGGCAGCGCCGCAGCGCAGAAGAAGCGGCAGCAAACGUGGGGCCUGCGAGGAGCUGCCCUGCAGCAGAAUGGGAGACAUCUGGGUCCAGUGCUUCGCAUGCUGCGUGACUGAGCAGCCCGCCCCAAAGCGGCGGAGGCGAAUCGACCGCUCCAUGAUCGGCAACCCGACAAACUUCCAGCACACAGCUCAUGUUGGCUCUGGGGAUAUGAAUGUUCAUCUCAAUGCGCUCCAGAACCAGAUGGCCUCCAAGGGUGGCUACGAAUAUGCGCUUCCAGUGAAUGUGUCUAUCCCUGUGGUGGACGUUCAGCAGUGACCACGUGUGGGGGCCAUACCUCAGCCCCGGACGUACGUGCGUGUUGCCCUGGUGGUGUGGUGAUGGCGGACUCACCAGAUGGCGGCCACUUGUGAUGAUGCCAGAUGGACCAAAGGCUUUGCUCCUCUCCUUGAUCCACCCCCUGCCCCUCAAUCUUUUUUUACCUCUCGCAACCUGUACCAGUGUGGGUGGCACUGAGCAAUCGCUGAUUGGGCUGUGCAUGUUAUUUAUCAGGAGCACUGGUGUUGGGACUGUUUGGUUUGAUGCCUGCAGAUGACAUCCCAGCCACACCAAGCUGGAGCAGAAAGUGCACCCUCCUUCCUUAAGCGAUGACAGAAGCAAAAUUGUUUACCACAAGGAGACUCAACAACAAGCCCAUGCACAGAAGCCGUUUUCCUAGCCUUUCUUUUUACUGCAGCACCUUUUAGGACACUUUUGUCACACACAGGUUGUUUAGAUGAGCACAUUGUGUAUAUAGAAGCAGGUCAUGUUGCAGGAGUCCUUUUUCCCCCCUCCCACCUCCCUUUGUAGUGUGUGCGUGUCAUGGAUGUAGCCAGAGCCAGGUGUGGCUGCAGUAUGUGUGUGUGUUUUCUUUU